AUGGCACACGGACUUGAACCUCGAACUAGCGCCAAGUGUACAAUUUGGACUUCUCUGGGCCCACUUAAAGUCGAACUCUGGGCCAAGGAAUGCCCCAAAACCGUAUUCAGAUUCUUGAAAAAUUGUGUAGACGGCGAAUAUGACGGUGUAAGUUUCAAAAGGAAGGUCUUUGACGUUGCUGUACAAACAGCAGAUGCCGGCAAUGAGCCCUGGGAAACUAUGGAGAUGGAUACUCGAAUCAAAAUGAAUUGCCGAGGGUUGCUUGCUGUGUCCCCAGGAUCAAAAGGAGCGUUUUUCGUGACGCUGAGGGAUGCGACUGAACUAGACGGUAAGGUGACAGUAUUUGGGAAGCUAGUUGACAAUUCGUACUACACACUGCUCCGCGUUGCUGAAAAGGAAUUGAAGCCUGAGCCGCAUAGUACCGAAUACUUAUAUCCGGCUACCAUCGAAAGGAUCGAGAUAGAAGAGCCGUAUUUUGAGAAACUGGAUGCAAACAAAAGGCCCAUCCAGCAGCUGGUGGCCCAUACCCCGAAACCAAAGCGUGCUAAGAGAGCAGCAAAGAUACGCCUAGAUUAUGAAGACGAAGGGGACGCAGAAGAAGCCGUUGAUGUUAAAAUCGCUGCUGCUCACGAUUUGUCGAUCGAUGAAAGUCUCGUUCGUCAAACGACUAAAUUAUCCCCAAACCCUGACUCUGAAGAGAGUCAGAAAAGAAUGGAAGGGUUUGAAACACCACAAGAGGGCGUGGUAGACGAGCCGGUUGAACAGAAAGCUAGUAGCCUAUCUUCUUUUUUACAAUCAUCUGGAAGUGCGUCCGGCAACAUCUCCGAGCGAGAACUCAAGACGAUGGAGCUUCUUGCAAAAUUCAAGCAAAAGUCGGCGCACUCCAAUCCGAUCACAUCUCAUGAACUUAACUUCAGCAAGAAGGGACAGUAG